UGCAACCAUACAAAAAUGCAACUCUGUAGAAAGUUAUUAAUUUUCUUUUUGUUGUGAAAUCUUCCCAAAAAAUUUAGAAAAACAAUUAAUUUUAUUUAAAACAUAAAAUUCGCCAUUUGACGACCGCCAUGGAUUUCUCAAACAUGCUCAGUAAGAAUGAGCCACACCAACGUACUAUCAUACACCUGGAUAUGGAUUAUUUUUAUGCUCAAGUAGAAGAAUUACGUGAUAAUUCGUUGCGCGCAAAACCGUUGGGUGUUCAGCAAAAAAAUAUUGUUGUCACAUGCAACUAUAAUGCAAGAGCUCGAGGCAUAAGAAAGCUAAUGCUGGUCGCCGAAGCAAAACGACUAUGUCCCGAAUUAGUACUGGUCAAUGGGGAAGAUUUAACGCCAUACCGACAGAUGUCACAAAAAAUAUUUGAAUUGCUUCUUAAUUUUACACCGUUUGUGGAAAAAUUAGGUUUCGAUGAAAAUUUUAUGGACGUCUCAUCGCUAGUCGAAAAGCGCGAACAACAAAAACAACAUCAGCAACAACAGGAUCAAGACUGCGACGACAUUGAUUUACCACCAGUUAUAGGUCACAUAUAUCCAUCAGAUGGAGCCACAUUAAAUGCAUGCAGUUGUGGAUGCGCUCAUCGUUUAGCGCUAGGCACGCAAAUCGCUCAAGAAAUACGACAGGAACUUCUGGACAAAUUAGGAGUUACCUGUUGUGCAGGAGUAUCAUAUAACAAACUUUUGGCGAAAUUAGUUGGUUCUCAAUACAAACCGAAUCAGCAAACAGUACUUGUUUCAUCACAUGCCGAACAAUUUAUGCGUGAAUUGGGCGAAUUAAAUCGUAUUACCGGCAUUGGUCAAAAAACCGAAUCUCUUCUACUCGAAAGUGGAGUGGCAAAUGUUGAAGAACUGCAAAGAUGCGAAUUAGAUUUUUUACGUAAAAAAUUUGGUUAUGAAACUGCUGUCAAAUUAAAAGAUUUGGCCUUUGGCCGUGACACAAGUGGGGUACGUCCAACUGGUAAACCAAAAAGUAUUGGUUUAGAGGAUUCUUGUAAACCUAUAUCUGUACGAAAUGAUGUCGAAGAACGCUUUCGUAUGUUGUUGAUGAGACUAAUGGAACAGGUCGCUGAAGAUGGUCGAAUACCAAUUUGUUUGAAAAUAAUUUUGCGUAAAUUUGAUGCCCAAAAGAAGAGUAGUCAUCGGGAAACCAAGCAAGCUAAUAUACUUCCGUCUCUUUUCAAAUCAACAUCUUGUACAGACACAGGUGGACCUAAAGUCAUGUUAGCAGAGGGUGCUCAAGAAAAGCUUUUAAAAAUCAUUAUGCGUUUAUUCGAACGUGUUGUGGAUAUGAAUAAACCUUUCAACAUCACUCUGAUAGGUUUAGCAUUUUCAAAGUUUCAACAACGCAAAGUUGGAUCAUCGUCUAUAGCAAAUUUCCUUAUCAAGAAAACAGAUUUGGAGGUUCAAUCCAUAACAUCUCUUACUAACACAGAUGUCAUCGAGGCCAAUUCGGAGGGUUCAUCAACGUCAACAAACUCGACUUCGCCGAUGCCCUGUAAUGAUGAAGCAUUUCGUUCAUCGCCUACAACGUUUCAACCAAGUGACCAAUUUUAUCGUCGUCGAACAACUGCUGCUUCUCCCAUUCCUAUGUUAAUCGACAAUGGUUCAGAGUCUGGAGCUACUAAUUCAGACUUUUCCGACUUUUCGGAAACAGAAGUAGAGCCUUCACCCAAAAAGAGUCGUAUUAGCCGUUUGAUUAUGAAUAAACGACGUUGUUUCGGUAGUUCAGCCAUUUACAAUUCCACUGGCGAUACACCUGCUGAAGUUGCUUCUCCGAGUAAAUUACGCGUUUGCGAUUUACGGUUAAAUUCAAGGGACAGCGAUCGAGAUUUUCCCAUGAGCCCAAGCUCAGCGACACCCUCGUCAACGACAAGCACAGCGACCAGCCUAACCAACACACCUUCAACAUCGCACUCAUCUACUACUACUGCCAGUGUUUGCAAUAAUAUGCAACGAUUUUGUCCGGUACAAUCUCCACCUUCAACUCUUUUAAGUCGUAUUGACCGUUUAGAAGAUUUUCGUGCAAAUGCUUUAAUUUUUGCACGUAGACAUUCAUUAGCAUCUUCAUCAACCACAGUUUCCCCAUUGGCGUCUCCUAUGGACGAUUGCGUUGACUCACAAACACUGCCAGUUGCUUUAUCAUCCCCACAGUUGGAAAAGGUCGAUGAAGAGAAAUUAUCAACAACCAUCACUGGUAAUCUUUCAAACAUUCCCUGUCCGGCUGGGGUUGAUCCUCAGGUUUUCAAUGAGUUACCGGUAGAUGUACAAAACGAACUGAUAGCAUCAUGGCGUUCUUCCUUGGCUGCAGCAGCAGCUGCUGUAGCCAAUGGAAAUAUGUCUCAAAGUAGUGGAACACCCUCAACAACUCAAACACAAACAACUGCAAAUGCGGCAGCCAAGGCCGGUGGUAAUGUUGUCAAUACGAAUGGCGCUCAGAAAAAUACCCUUUAUAGAUAUUUUUUGCGAAAUAAAUGAUUUAAAACUGGCUGUCGUUUUCGUAUUUAAAAAAUUGAAUCUACUCUUUCUGAUUUAUUCAAACACAAUUUUAUGAGAUUUUGUUAUUGUUUUUAUUUAAUACAAUUUUUUUUAACAUGAAUUGUUUUUUUAUUUUACUUUUUUAUUACCAUAAUUUUAUAAUAAUUUUAACUGAGAUUUGAUCUAAAUAAUGAAAAUCUGUUCUGGUUAAUACGACCGAUCAUCUAUCACUGUCAUUAAUACAAAAGUUAAGAAAAAAAGUAUAUUUUUGAGUAACAAUAAUUAUUUUUACUAAUGUAGUGUUUUAAAAAUGUUUUUACCAAUAAAAUUACAAAUAUAAAUAAAAUUAAACAAAAAUGUUUUUAUAAAGGUUUCAUAAUAUAGGAUCAUU